UCACGUUAAAACGAGAAUCUCUAAUGUGUGGAAAUGAACUCAAUGCCAUUUUCCCUUCGGACUUGCACCACUCCCAUAAACCGCUACAUCCUUACAUCCACUCCCAGAUUAGUAGUCAAUCAGAAUUUGCGCAACGCUGAAUCUUCUGUUAUAAAGUUUUCGAGCAACCGAAACAGUAGUUUCGAUGCAAAUUCAAAAGAACCGAGCAUAAGCUCAGGUAUAUGCAGCAGAAGAGGAGCAAUUGGCAUUGGUCUUUGCUUCAGUUUGGUUGAGUUCAUCCUACAGCCGGAACCAACUGCUGCUGCAGAAGCCACCCCCUGUGAAUUCACUGAAACCCCUUCAGGACUUGCAUUCUGUGACAAGGUUUCGGGCGACGGCCCUCAAGCUGAAAAGGGACAACUCAUUAAGGCACAUUACACAGGGAAAUUGGUGAAUGGGACAGUCUUUGAUAGCAGUUACAAUCGGGGAAAGCCUCUUACAUUUCGUGUUGGUGUUGGUGAGGUAAUCAAAGGCUGGGAUCAGGGCAUUCUAGGUGGUGAUGGGGUUCCCCCGAUGUUGACUGGAGGUAAAAGGACCCUGAAAAUUCCUCCAGAACUUGCAUAUGGUGCAAGAGGCGCUGGCUGUAGAGGUGGUACUUGUAUUAUUCCCCCAAACUCUGUUCUUCUGUUUGAUGUUGAGUUCGUUGGAAAGGCUUAGCAAAUGAGCAGUAUAUGCUCAUACUCCAACACAGAAUCUUUUGAAACUUGUUAUCUUUUCUGCUUUUAAAGUGUUUUCGAAGGAUGAUGAAGGAUGAUAUAUUACUUUGCUUCUUUAUUUCUGUUAUGGAGGUCCUGAGAUAUCCUGCUACAAGAUUUUCCAAUUUAGGGGGAAAAUAAUGAAAAAGUUACCCGCUGAAGCCAGUUGACAUGGUGCA